ACCCAAACACAAUCAAAAUUCGUCUCUCUCUCUCUCUCGCUAAAUCUAGGGUUUCUUCAAUUUCGAAUCGCGCAGCCGGAAAAUGAGCUCCCCUGCAGCGGCGUCGACGAAAGGCGGCAGAGGCAAGCCUAAAUCCUCGAAAUCCGUGUCUCGUUCGUCGAAAGCCGGCCUUCAAUUUCCCGUCGGCAGAAUCGCACGUUUUCUCAAGGCCGGUAAAUACGCCGAGCGUGUCGGCGCCGGCGCUCCGGUGUAUCUCUCCGCCGUUCUGGAGUACCUCGCCGCUGAGGUUUUGGAGCUUGCUGGGAAUGCAGCACGUGACAACAAGAAGAACAGAAUUGUGCCGAGGCACAUACAGUUAGCUGUGAGGAACGAUGAGGAAUUGAGCAAGCUGUUGGGGCACGUGACAAUUGCAAAUGGCGGCGUGUUGCCGAAUAUUCACCAGAAUUUGUUGCCCAAGAAAGCUGGUGGAAGGGACAAAGAGAUUGGAUCUGCAUCUCAGGAAUUUUAGGGUUUUUAAUCGAAAUUUAGUCAUCGUUACGGGCGGCUUAUGUUGGUUGGCAAGGGUUUGGAGUUUAGAACCCUAAUUUUGGUUUUUGUUGGGAUUAUGUACAGUAGUGUUAACGACAAUCGAGGGUAUCCUUCUUCGUUUAUGGUAAUGCCUAAUUUCGUUUCGGUUUUUGAUGCUUCAGUUUGAUGUUGUCGAAUGUCAAUGCAUUUGUGACUGAAAAAAGCUAUGAAAAGCUCUUCUGGUUUGUGCUUAGUGAGCAAUAUUCGUAUCUUUAAACAUAUUUGUCGAUUUUAAUU